AGAAGAGCCCGCACCAUCAACCCGGUGAUUGGCACAAAUAUGAGACGAGGGACAAGAUUUUUUUAUUGUCUUUUACCAAUUUUACACCGCAUACCUGGAGAUUUUUUUUUUAUACUUUUCCGCGCCCUGCUGGUGUUGCUUUCUCUCUUCUCGGCUUUUUUGCCCUGGGGAGGUGAUUGUCAUUGUCAACACUAGUUUUACAAUAGUAAGGGGCCGUGCGUACUAUUUUUCAAAAACAGGGAAAAAACUAUGACCCAGAAUAUUAGCCUGAGGUUCACAAGAACCGUGAAUUAUGUGGGUCGUAUUUCACUAAUCAUGUCUCUAGUUCAUACCGCAGUAUAAUCCUAUCCGAUAUAAAUCUAUACUUGACGAUCAAGUCAAUGUCAAGAAGACGCGCGUUUAAUACGCUGUGUCCUUUUUUGACGUCUCAAUCUCCCACCACGGAUGGGGAAGACUGCCCGCUCAUUUUAUUUUCUACGACAAUUUCAUCCCUUGUUUCGGGGCUUUGGUCUUACAAAGUCUGCACUUGAUGAGAGAUUAAAUUGUACUAAAAUUAUUUAGAAGAUGAGAUGAAAAACAUCACCCAGCUGCUUCCCCACGACUUUUCAAGUGAAAUAUGAGCUAUGAAAUACAAUUUUUACAACUUAUCAUCCCGAUACAAAUUUAGACCUAAUUUUUCUUGUCAGCCUGCGUGCUGCUUUGCUGCAUUUUGUUCCGAUUUAUAUGUAAACUGUAAAUUUACUACGACCACGCAAGAGGCUCUGUAGUAGAUGGCGCAACGGCGUGGCGGGCGUGGCUCUCCUGGAGGAAUAAAGUGAUAAUCUCAUCUUCUUGACCUGUUUUUGCUAACCUUGGCUAGUUAGCAGUGGGCGAAGGAAUAUUUUUUCACCGAGAUUCCAUCUUGGACAGCUAUGCUUGUCAUCGCUCAUCAGUGGCAAAAGCUUGUCAUCCGUCGAUGACGCAUGUUAAACAACCUUCAUCGCGCACAAAAUAAAAUCGGAGCAGUAUCAUGCUUGCAGCAUGCAUUAUGACCGUCAGAAGAUGCGCCGGCACUUAGCCAACGAAGUGCCUGUGAAUCUAUUCACCGAAAUGCAGAGCAGAGCGUGCAUAUAUUUCUCUACUUGUAAAUGCAGUUGUCAUCAGUGCCUGGAAUAUCUAGAUAUGAUUUUGGGUUCAGCAGACCAAACUCACUUUGCUUGUGUCUGCGUGUUGCAGCUAUACUUUUUCAUCUGUAAAGAAUAGAACUGUGGCAGUGGCAAGCUCGAAAGAUAUUCACUCCAUUGCAGAGUGCAAGUGAUCGCAGUUUUAUCGUGAGACGACUCUGCUCUAGAAGAAACACGAAGAAAGCAGAGGAAAAAAAGAGCCGGGCAGCAGGCUUCGAGAUGACAGCCGACGGAAACUUACCCUACUACUCGGCGCUUCUUUAUAUAUUGAAUAUUGAAGAUAGCACCACCAGCAGUUUUGUUUUAUCCUGUUGCUCCUUUGAAACAGCUAUCGAACUUGCAGCAAAUCUAGUACCGCUGGUAUGGGUAUGCAACUUUUUCUGGUCCUCAACGAGUUUUGCCACAAAACCUGAACUACGCGGAGAAGUUCGAGAAGAUACCAGUAACGCUAGCGCCACUUACUACAGCUAUCUAAUGUAACUGCGCUCGCGCGAGUUACUACUUUAUCCCUCAGCUUGAGGGAAAAGGAAAACGAAAAACUUCUAAGAAAAAACUAAACGAUUUGAUGUGAAGCCUCGUUUGUGUUAUCAACCAAAAAUCUUGAGAUGCUGAAUAACGAAAAACGAAAAUGCGAGGACGGUAUUAUAUUGUAUUACUGUGCUAGGGCUAUUGCAUCAAGGUGAAUGUUUCUUGUUCCAGCAGUAUGUUGAUCGUUUGAUUGACGAAGAGACCACUUCUACCUGUGGUUACCUCCGGUAUAAUUGUCAGCAUACGAGCACGCUGGAAGUAGCAGCUUCACGGAAUAGAACAUCAAAGAACUUUGUGGAUUUAUUUUCCAGAAUUUUUACCUGUCGUUCUCCUCGUAUCAAUCUCUUUGCA